GAGUGAGAGAGAGGGAGGAAGGGCGAAAGAGAGAGGGAGUGAGAGAGAGAGGGAGAGAAGGAGAAGAAGAGAGAGAGAUAGCAGCUGACUACCUGACAGUGAGGCACGCUGUGAGCGCGCGCCCGUGCUCGCUCUCCACCGGAAAGGACGGGAAUUUAAUUGUUGACUUUGUUCUCAGCGCGCGGAUACAGAAGGACAAUUAACCCGCGUCGCGCGCGCAGGACGCAGCCAUGCACCUGAACCGGGAGGACGAGGACAGUAAAGGUUCGCUGUCGCUCAGUGUGUUCCUGGUGUCGGUCAGUCUGACGGUGUGCGUGGUGUGGCUGGUGGCGCUGUGUGGGGUCUGCGGAUGGUGCCAGCGCAGACUGGGUAAGAGGAAUAAGCCGGGCGUGGACUCUGCGGGUUCUCCUGACUCGGUAUCAGUCCGAGGUCGAGGAGAGAAUAAAGCUGUCAAUGAUCUAGACAGGGAUUUUUGGAAUAAUAAUGACAGCAGUAACGUUCAGCAGCGGUGGAGCUCCUACCCGCCCAAAGAGUUCCUGCUGAACAUGUCGCCUUACGCCCCGUACGGAGACCCUCGCCUUACGCCCAAUGGGACGCUGGAGAAGGGGGAGGCGGGUGGCGGGGCAGGGUGCGGUCCGAGUCGCAGUGACAGCGCCAGGAGCAUAGGGGCAGGCAGCAGCAAGGCGGGGAAAUGGCAUACCGUCCAGGGCCACUUACACUCCGGCAACCUGAGGCCCAGCAAUUUUGGGGACCCGUCCCUGUCCACCACCUCCACCCUGGAGCACAUCCCGUCCUCUGCCGCUCGCCCCAGGCCCCUGGUCAGGCAGCAGAGCCUCCAGCAGCCCCUAACCCACCAGCCCCCGCCAGGGCCCAACGAUCCCCCAGUCACCUCCCAGAGCCUGGGCCAGUUGCACACAGGACCUGGGGGUGGGGGCCACCGGGGGGGCCCGCGGGGGGUGCGUGGCAGUGGCAGCCCGGCUGGGGCGGGGGCGUCCCGCUACAGGACGGGAGGAGGAGGCCGGUCGCGCUCCAACCCGGGCAGCUGGGAUCACAUGAUGGGGCAGAUCCGCACCAGAGGGAUGGACGUCAAAUCCUUCCUGGAGGGGAAGAUGGUGGUUCUGUCUCUGGCGAUCGGAUUGGCUGAACAGGACGACUUCGCCAACCUGCCAGACCUGCAGGAGAAUCCGGCGGGUCAAGAAACUCCACCUGCUGACAAGAGAGCAAUUGGGAACAAACCCGGCAGCAGCCCCAAAGGCCAGACUCCAGACGAGGGCCGCCGGACAGACGCCAACUCCUCUGUCUCUGACCUCGCCAACUCCGUCACCAGCGACAUGCUGAUGCUCUCUCCUGGUUCUGAAGAGGAAGAGCAUGAAGGUCCAGUGUGUGAGAAGCUUGGGCGGAUCCAGUUCAGCGUGGGCUACAGCUUCCAGGACUCCACCCUCACUGUAAAAAUCCUCAAAGGACAAGACCUGCCGGCCAAAGAUUUCUCCGGAACCUCAGAUCCGUUCGUCAAAAUCUACCUGUUACCUGAUAAGAAGCACAAACUGGAGACCAAGGUCAAGAGGAAGAACCUCAACCCACACUGGAACGAAACCUUCCUGUUUGAAGGUUUCCCGUAUGAGAAGGUGGUGCAGCGUUCUCUGUACCUGCAGGUUCUGGAUUAUGAUCGGUUCAGUAGGAAUGACCCGAUAGGAGAGGUCUCCAUCCCCCUUAACAAAAUCGACCUGGCUCACAUGCAGACCUUCUGGAAGGAGCUGAAACCGUGCAGUGACGGCAGCGGGAGUCGAGGUGAUCUGCUGGUGUCUCUGUGUUAUAAUCCCACGGCUAACAUCAUCACUGUGAACAUCAUAAAGGCGCGCAAUCUCAAAGCCAUGGAUAUCGGUGGCACCUCAGACCCGUAUGUGAAAGUCUGGCUGAUGCACAAAGAUAAGCGAGUGGAGAAGAAGAAGACAGUGGUGAUGAAGAGGUGCCUGAACCCUGUCUUCAACGAGUCCUUUCCCUUCGAUGUUCCCGCUCACGUCCUCCGGGAAACCACCAUUGUCAUCACAGUGAUGGACAAGGACAGACUGAGCCGCAAUGAUGUCAUAGGCAAGAUUUAUCUCUCAUGGAAAAGCGGCCCAGCGGAGGUAAAACACUGGAAGGAUAUGAUGGGCCAUCCUCGCACUGCUGUCGCCCAAUGGCACGCCCUCAAAGCUUAAAGGUCCCACAACCCCACCCCUGAGAGGAGAAAACACCCCUUCAAGGCCCUGUUUAUAUGCACAAGAUUGAACACGGGUAACAAAAGCCAUCCAACACUCUCUCUCUCUCUCUUUACGUUUUCGUUCCACAGAGAAGCUGCGGAGGUCCUCCUUUCGCUUUUUUUUGUUUGUCCACUUUUGUUUUUUUUCGCUCCUGCCGAGACCUCCCAGACCUACUGCUGUUCCUUUCACCAAAAAGAGGCUAAGCACUGCCAAGAUUUUUAAAUAUCCUGUGUUGUUUCUGAGGAAGACAGGCUGGUCAUCCUCGAGAUCUCCACUGCUUAGAUGUUCCAGGAACAACCCAAUGGCCAAACAGGGUGACCGCCACCAUCAGGCCUCUCCCACAGUAAAAACUACAACUAAACGGCUGGAAAGACAAAAAAACCCUCCCAGAUAAUCCCCCUCCGCCCUCCUACUGCCAUGGGUUUCGUAUCUGUUUCUUCAUGUUCACUUUUUCGUUUUUAAUAAUAAAAAACAAUAAAUAAACCUACAUAAAGAUCUGUAAGGAUCUGAUCGCAGUGCAAUACGUUACGGAGAAAGAGACGAACUCCUUUAUGUGAACUUUUUACUCAUCUCUGGCUGUUUUUUUAUUAUUUUCCUGGCACAAAUGUGUAGAAAUCCCCUUUGCUGGACCCCCCGUCGUCUGUAUGUACCGUGGGUGCCGUGAUGUGACUGAAAAACAAACAUAAGAAAAAAAUAAUAAAAAAAAAAAAAAAAUAGGAGAAAUAAUAAAGACUCACCUGACUGACUGGAUCAGUUUGAAGGGUUAAAAGGGUUUAGAGAGAAAUACAAGAAGAUAAUGCUAAACAUUCCAAUAAUCCUGUAAAAUACGAGGCCCAGCAGACGGAACUGUCAUCACUGUCGUCCUUCAUCAGUCAAAAAGAGACGACCAAUCAAAAGUGGUCUUCCAGAGUGGACAGGGUGUAUAAGCGGGUGUAUGCUUGGGUGUAUUUGUGUACACAUGAGAAUGACUGUGUGUGUGUGUGUCUGUGUGUGGGUGUGUGUGUAUGUGCGCAUUAGGGUUGCACAAUAUAUAAAUACACUGUAGUGUGUUUCUGUUGCUAGAAGUCAAGGGACAGGAAACAGAAUCAAAACUCUAGAACCUUGCAUUGACAUGUGGGAUAUACGUAGGAUUUCUGUUUGUACAGACAAAUCUAUUCCAUUAUUACCCCCAAAUGCACUGUCCACUGUAGGUGGUAAUAUUAACUUCUAUAAUUCAAUUCCCAUAAUUCACCUGCACCCACUAUCAGCCCUCACUACAACUUCCAUAAUUCACCUGCACCCACUAUCAGACCUCACUCCAACUCCCAGAAUUCACCUGCACCCACUAUCAGACCUCACUCCAACUCCCAGAAUUCACCUGCACCCACUAUCAGACCUCACUCCAACUCCCAUAAUUCACCUGCACCCACUAUCAGCCCUCACUCCAACUCCCAUAAUUCACCUGCACCCACUAUCAGCCCUCACUCCAACUCCCAUAAUUCACCUGCACCCACUAUCAGCCCUCACUCCAACUCCCAUAAUUCACCUGCACCCACUAUCAGCCCUCACUACAACUUCCAUAAUUCACCUGCACCCACUAUCAGACCUCACUCCAACUCCCAGAAUUCACCUGCACCCACUAUCAGCCCUCACUCCAACUCCCAUAAUUCACCUGCACCCACUAUCAGACCUCACUCCAACUCCCAGAAUUCACCUGCACCCACUAUCAGACCUCACUCCAACUCCCAGAAUUCACCUGCACCCACUAUCAGACCUCACUCCAACUCCCAUAAUUCACCUGCACCCACUAUCAGACCUCACUCCAACUCCCAGAAUUCACCUGCACUCACUAUCAGACCUCACUCCAACUCCCAUAAUUCACCUGCACUCACUAUCAGACCUCACUCCAACUCCCAUAAUUCACCUGCACCCACUAUCAGCCCUUACUCCAACUCCCAUAAUUAACCUGCACCCACUAUCAGCCCUCACUCCAACUCCCAUAAUUCACCUGCACCCACUAUCAACCCUCACUCCAACUCCCAUAAUUCACCUGCACCCUCUAUCAGCCCUCACUACAACUCAUAUAAUUCACCUGCACCCACUAUCAGCCCUCACUACAACUCAUAUAAUUCACCUGCACCCACUAUCAGCCCUCACUCCAACUCCCAUAAUUCACCUGCACCCUCUAUCAGUCCUCACUACAACUCCCAUAAUUCACCUGCUCCUACUAUCAGAUACAGACAUCAGUCCUUAAAGUGAGGCCUGUAUGGAUGAGGGUUUUGGUCAGUGCUGGGUGAGUUAAUAGUUUCUGCAUUGGUAGAAAGUCCUUUAAAAAGAAGCAUUUAUGAGUUAAACAUUUUUAGAUGGUUUAAUGGUUCUUUGCACUGGUGAAACGUUCAGAUGUUCAGAUGCUUCUAUAUGGAACCUUUAAAAUCCUUUUUAAAGUAAAGCAGUUUCCAGGAGAUAGAAGCUCUUGAUUUCAGCUCAGAGAGUUUACUAAAGCUCUGAUGUGUGUGUGUGUGUGUGAGUGUGUGGAUGUGUGUGUGUACUGUGCAGCCCUGCAGCGCUUUUUCUGUACAUUAAGAGUAGAAGCUCACUGUGCCACGCGUUUAUCUUAGACCCACGUUUUUCUGUAAAGUGGAACACAGCGACACUGCCAGCGGGAGGCCGGCCCGAACCCUCCCACUCCCUCUCAGACCAGCCGGAGCAGAACCAGAACCAGCUCCUGCUGAGAUCCGGGCGGAGACCAGCCGAGAGUACCUGUGUGAAUGUUCACCUACGUCCUCGUGUUCCCGUCUGAAUGCCUUAUGGUGUAUACUGUCUGUGUGUGUGUGUGUGUGUGUGUGUGUGUGUGUGUGUGUGUGUGUGUGUGUGUGUGUGUGUGUUGGGGAGAUUAUGGUGUGAUAAAUGUGUUUUUAGUAUUUCUGUAACAGGGAGAGACUCCGGUGCAAAACAAUAGAAGUGAAAUUAACAGUUUUAAUUUAAUGAUUAAUAUAAUUAAUUUCUCACUGUUUAUGUUUGUGUGUGUACUCACGUUGUCCAGUGUGUCAUUCCAGAUUUUUUUUUUUAUAUUUUUUGUU